GGCGGGGUGGUUCGGAAAAUGACAUCAUCCCUUCUUUUGAAUAACUCCGAGCCCAUGCUGUGAUUGGUCAAUGGCGGAAGACAUAAAAGUUUUUUUGCAGCCGGGCUUCUAUUUCAAUUUCACCCCCGCGCUACCGUGUGGUAACACCCUCCGUAAACUGUCCCUCCUUCCCGGGAAUAGCAUAUGCGUCUUUGACUGGCGCGCAGGACACAAGAUUGCAUCGGACGUCCGCAGCUCCAGAUUAAAAAAGCUGUGGUCGCUUCUAUGUGAACAUAAACUACUACAGACGGUGUACGCGGUUUGGCGUUACAAGCAAAUCUGCGUCCUUUAUUCGGUGCGCUGGUUUUGGACAGCGUGCAUGCACGGACGCCGCCUGGAAAAGAAAGGGAAGAGAAAGGUGGUUCAGCCAGGGUUGGGCGUAGCUAGCCAGCAAGCUAGCUAACUUUAGCGUGCCUCUGUAUUCCUGACGGUCAGUUUUAGUUUGGAGCAAGACGACGUUGUGGGGGCGUUUCAUCUGAGUGAAGCUGUGAAUCCAGUAGAGCCGCGCCAGAGAGUGUGAGCGUUAGGCCUGGGGGGGAGAUGAAACCGGAUGGGGUUGACACAGCAGCGAUGGAGCCCGUGGAAGUUCUGGUGGCAGAGCCUGUAGCCGAAGCGCCGGCCCUCGGGGAAGAGCCGCAGCAAGCCCCUCCACCCGCACAGCCUGAGGAGGGGGCGAACGAGCAGCAGCAGCAGCCUGAAACGCAGACGGCGCCACCUGCUGCCAAGGAGGGGAGCGGCAAGCCCGGAGACCUCAAGGCCAAGACGAAAGGCCCCGCUAAAACGAAGACCGGGGCCGCAGGCGCUAAAGCCACGGGAGCGUCCGGACCCGGCGCACGACCUGGCGCCACUCAGAACCGCAUCGUCAAUGGCGUUCAGAAGCCCCUGGCCAAUGGGGUGGCGAAGAAGACCAACGCCACAGCUCCUGAGAAGAAGAAGCCCGCCACUACCGCCACCAACACCGCGGCACCUUCUAAACGGCCGGUAGCGACGGUGGCCGCUUCCUCUACCAGAACCCCGACCAAGGCGGCCGACAGGAAGCCGGUGGGAGCGACCAGACCCGCCUCUGCUCCCUCAGGGACCAACAGUGCAAAGCCAGCCACGGGGGCUGCUCAACCAAACAAGAAACCUGUAGCUUCACCCGUCAACGGCGUGAAAGCAAAACCUAAAACUGCCGCCGCUCCCAGACCAGCCUCCGCUGCUGCCCCUAAACCCAGCACUGCUGCUGCAACCAAAACUGAUAGGCCCGCUGUUUCCAAGACAACCAGUACCACGCCUCCUGGUGGUCCUCCAGCCUCUCGCCCUGCACCCACGACGACAGCAGCGAAGCCAGCCACUGCCUCCUCCAGACCCGCCUCCUCUAAAGCCGGCACCACAGCCCCCUCUGCUGGCCGCAGUGCAGUAUCACAGCCCACCAAGCCCUCAACUCCUGCAAAGAAAGAUGUCAGCAAACCAACCGCAGCGCCGGCCAAGAAACCGGCAGCCGCCCCCACCACCCGCCCCGCCGCGGCCAAGACCUCCAAGCCCGAAGCUCCCAAACCGGCCACAGCUGCGAGACCCGACCCCUCCACCAAAAAGCCGGCGACCAACAAUAAGGCGGACACCAAGCCCGCCCGGCCGAAGCCUCAGGAGGGCAAGCCCGCGGUAAACGCCAGCCCCCGCGCCGCCGGCCCCAGGCCCGGCCUCGCCAAGACCACCGCCGCCCCUAGUCCCAAGAAGCCGGUGGGCAGCAGCGCCCCGAUGCCGGUGAAGCGCGGCCCCAAGCCCUCGCAGGCCGUCCAGCCUCUGGCCGCCAGCGGGGAGCCGGCCAAGAAGGCGGAGGCUAAGAAACCGGCAGCCGCUGCGGCCGCCGCUGUGGCCGCCACCGCCGCUGCAGCUGUCGCUGUGGCAGCCGCCGAGCCCCAGGCCCCCGUGGAGACGGAACAGCCUGAGGUCGCCCAGAGGGAGGAACAGAUGGAGAUGCCAUCCGCGCCGGCUGUCGUGGGAGAGGCGGAGAGGGCGCCGGCGGAUGUUCCCGCCCAGCAAGCGGAGAAUCUUCUGGAUUUGAGGGAUUUGGAGCCCCCCGUGGCUGCGGUGGCUCCGCUGGGCACCACAGUGCUGUCCCCUCCGUCCUCGCCCCCCGGCCCGGCGCCUUUACCGCUCGGGGCGCUGGCUCCUCCAGAGAGCCCGGCCCAGGAGGAGUGGAAACCCAAAGCUGAAGAUGAGGAGGACCUUCUGAUGCAAGUGGCUGCCGAAGGGGCUGAGAAGGAGGCGGCUGAGCCGGAGCCCUUGGUGGCCGUUCCCACCGCCCUGCACCCAGCCGCCGCCCCGGGCCCCCUGGCUCUGGAGCGGGAGGAGGCUGUGGAGAAGGCGGAGGAGGAGAACAACGUGGACGAAGACGAGGAGGAGGACGAGAGGGAGGGCAGCCAGCAGGUGUCGGUGUCUGACAUGAGCGGCACUCAGCCCACGGAGGAGUCCCGGCCGGGCUCAGCGGGUCUGGCCGGCUCGAUGUGGCGGGGCGGAGCGCUGCUGUCGGAGCUGGACUCUGAGGAGGUGAGCGGCAGCCAGCAGGGGGCGUCGGAGCUGAGUGCCCCCGGGGUGCUGGAGGGCACCGAGAGCAUGGACGACCUGGGAGACGCCAGCCUGAAGGGGGCGGACGGGGAGGGCGGGUCCGCCGGCUCCCCCGACAUCGAGACUGUGCCGGACAUCCCCGCCAACGAGGAGGAAGAUGACGACGACGACGAAGACCAGGUGUACGACAUGGAGGUGGGCUCCGAGCGAGUGGAGGACCCCCGGCGGGUGCGCCACGAGGGCGAGGAUGAGGAGGAAGACGAGGACGUGGAGAUGGCCAGCGAGGGCGUGACCGAGAGCGGGCUGGAGAGCUACGGCAACGCCGACGAGGACGACUUCGCGGAGGACGAAAGGUUAGACAACCUGAACCGCGCCCAGGCCCCUCCCCUCGUUCCGACGGCUCCGCCCGCCCAGUGGUCCCAGACCAACCCGUUCGCCGACCCCUGGGCGCAGCCGCCGCAGCCGGCCGCUGCCCUGCUGGCCAGCCCCUCCUGCGAGCCGUGGGCCGCCGACCCCGAGACGCCCACCCAGUCCCCGGCACAAGCCUGGCUGGAGCUCAGCAGCGCCGCGCUCGUCCCGCAGUUCGAGGAGCCCUUCCUUCACCCCCAGGCCCUGCAGGAGGCUGAGCCCCGGCCGGCGCCCGCCGCCCCCGUGGAGCAGGAGAGCUCCAAGCCCCUGCAGCCGCCAGCCCCGCUGGCGCCGCCCGCCCGGGGCAUGUCCCAGUCCAGCACACUGAGCGGCACCGAGCUGGCGGCCCACAGCAGCAGCGAGACCAGCACGCCCGAGGAGCUGCGCGACUACAACAGCAGCUCGGGGGUGGAGUCGCGCUCCGAGGAGAAGCAGCAGCAGCAGACCCCCGCCGCGGCCCUCCCCCAGCCCGACACGGAGCAGGACCUGGGCAUCCACAUGGAGCGCGGCGACGGCGAGGACGAGGAGGAGGCCGAGACCCUCCCCGCCGACGAGGUCCUGGGCGGACCCCCCACGGCCCCCGCGUCCGCCCCCUCCUCGCCCUCCACCUCGGGCGACGAGGCCAGCGACACGGAAGGCGAGAUGCAGAUCAACGAGCCCGAUGCGCAGGGCAUCGACAACAUAGCCUUCGACAGCAAGCCCGGCGCCCAGAACCUGCCGGCGCUGGAGGAGCGCGAGGAGGCGGGCGAGGGCGAGGAGGGCGGCGACACCCCGCAGUCUGCCAACUCGGUGGCGUCCUACGGCUUCGACUGCACCACCACGUCCAACUCCAACGCCCACUCCACUGCCGAGAGCUGCGGCAAGAGCCCCGGCAUCUUCUCCCUGGAGAACGAGGACCAGCUGCCCGAGGAGGCCAAGGACCCCUCCCUCAUCAAGGAGCUGACCCUGCCGGCCGCCGCCACCGCCGACGCCGAUGACCUCCUCCUGCUGGGCGCCCCAGUGGACCUCCUGCCCGUCGGCCAGGCGGGGGAGGCGGAGCCCAACCCCGAGGAGCAGCAGUACAUGCUGUGCGGGAAGCUGGGGGCGGAGCUGUCGGAGCAGAGCGCCGCGGGAGGGGCCUUCCCCCAGGAGCCAGGCCUACCGCUCACCCCCCAGCACUCCGGGGAGGCUCCCGACGUCCAGCCCCCCUACUACUCCGCUAUUUGUGAAAAGACUGAUAACGUUCUGUCAGGUAACGUAUAGUCCCGCACUUGUAACGCACCUUUUCCCCCCCUUGUUGUUGUCGUUCAUUUUCUCUCCAGUCGGUAUAGAUGUCUGUAGAAAGAAGGGAGGGCGAAAGGGAGAGAGGAAAGGAAGAAAAAAAAAGUGAAGGGAAGGAAAAAGACUUUAGAUAUAUCAGUGCCACUUCCCUCUAUGAUAACUAUUAUGAUCAUGAUUAUAAGUAUAUGGCUUAAACUCCUGUAUGUGCAAUAGCUACUACUAUUUACUAUUAGAAUGUUUUUUUUUUUUCUCCUUUUUAAUUAACACUGCAUAUCCGAUUGCCCUGAACUGGCAUGGAUUGACUGGUCUGUUGUGAUGAAGUUCUUAAACAAAACAAAAAAAAAAAAAGAUGGAAAGGAAUGAACUCUUUACCUUUGUGUAUUUAUCCUACUCUUUUUACCGAAUAAAUGUUAAUGAAUUUAUUUGUACGUUUUUUUUUUUUGUUUUGUUUUGUUUUUCCUCCCCCCUCCCCCCCAUUGGCGUUGUUGAGACCUGCCCUUCUUCACACCCCUCUCUCCUGCACUUUAGGGUUAGCUCACCCUCCCUUUUUUGUUCCUUUGAGUAUUUACCCUUUUAGCUUUGAAUAAAGAUUAGAUAUUUAACAUGA